AGUUCCAUCUCCUAUCUCUGUUUUGCAAGUGGUUAUAGAUAGAAAACUUGACAGUCUACGGUAGUUAUUAACGUGUGUGUACUCUAUAGCUAUACGCACUGAAUGUUUAACUAUAACUAAUCUGUGCUCGAUCAAAACAGGUCAAAAUGUCGUCUCUUGCAAGUUUAUUGCCGGCCCCCACACAACAAGUUUGGGAUCGCGAUGAUGAAUUUAAAGCAAAACGUGUCGGGAGCGCCCUGGUUGUUUCACAAAGUAGUGUCCCACCUUAUGGACAAAGAAAAGGAUGGGUACCCCGCAAUGCAGAAGAUUUUGGUGAUGGAGGAGCAUUCCCUGAGAUCCAUGUGGCUCAGUAUCCCCUCAACAUGGGUGCACGAGGCAAGGAGAGCACAUCCAAUUCCCUUGCAGUUCAGCUGGAUGAAUCGGGACAUGUGAAAUACUCUGCUAUUGCACGACAGGGGCACAGUGCCGAUAAGGUCAUCUACUCCAAACUCACAGACCUCCUGCCAUCAGAAGUACUUGCAGAGGAUGAUCCAUCUCUUCAGAAGCCCAAUGAAGAGGAUAUACAAGAAUUGACAGAGAAGACCAAACAAGCCUUGGAGAAGUUGACUAAUGCCAAAAUAUCCGCCGCCAUGCCAGUUAAAGCUGCCCCGAAAGCUGCGCCCGCGCAGUACAUCAGGUAUACGCCGGCGCAGCAAGGCGGCGCAUUCAACUCCGGCGCCAAGCAGAGGGUCAUCAGAAUGGUGGAGGCGCAGGUGGACCCGAUGGAGCCGCCGCGCUUCCAGAUCAACAAGAAGAUCCCGCGCGCGGCGCCGUCGCCGCCCGCGCCCGUGCUGCACUCGCCGCCGCGCCGCGUCUCCGUCAAGCAGCAGCGCGACUGGAAGGUGCCGCCCUGCGUCUCGCACUGGAAGAACGCCAAAGGUUACACAAUACCACUAGACAAACGUCUGGCGGCGGACGGGCGCGGACUCCAGCAAGUUCACAUAAACGAGAACUUCUCCAAGCUGGCUGAGGCGUUAUACAUAGCCGACAGGAAGGCGAGAGAAGCGGUCGAGGCGAGAGCACAGCUGGAGAGGAGACUGGCGCAACGCGAGAAAGAGAAGAAAGAGGAACACCUGAGGAUGUUGGCGCAGAGGGCCAGGGAUCAUAGGGCUGGCAUCCGCGGGCCGGAGGAGGAGGCGGCGGCGGAGGAGGGCGAGGCGCUGUCGGCGGCCGAGCGCGACCAGCUGCGCGCGCAGCGCCACCGCGAGCGGCAGCGCGACCGCAACCUCGCGCGCGCCGCGCCCGACAAGAGGUCGAAGCUGGUGAAGGACCGUGAGAGAGACAUCUCCGAGCAAAUCGCGCUGGGGAUGCCCGCCAAGACCAACCAGGGCGGCGAGGGCAUGUUCGACCAGCGGCUCUUCAACAACAGCAAGGGAAUGGACAGCGGUUACGGUGAUGACGAGGCAUAUACGGUAUAUGAUAAACCGUGGCGUAACCAGGAUUCCGUGGGCGCUCACAUCUACCGGCCGACCCGGCACGCGGACAAGGAUAACUACGGUGGCGACAUCGACUCUAUCGUCAACCAGCGCAGAUUCGUGGCCGACAAGGAGUUUGCAGGUACCAGCAGUACUAACACGCGGUCCGGACCGGUGCAGUUCGAAAAGGACGCACCGCACACUAGAGAGGAACAGCCCACGCGCAGCCAACCAGACGCGGACUUCGAUCCGUUCGGUCUAGAUCGGUUCUUGACCGAGGCCAAGCGGGCGGACAAGUCCGGCCGCAAGCGGGACCACCACGACCGCCACGAUCAGCACGGGAAGAAGAGGCGCGACUAGACACAUUGACACUGGACAGCUUGUAUACAUCGCACGUUAUCUGUAUUGUUCAUAGAUAUAAGACUGUAAUAAAUUUUUAUUGUAUGAAAAUGAUUUUUAUGAAUAAAAAAUAUUUGAUGGAAUGACAUAAAA